AUGAAAGAUUACAAACGAAUAUUGGUUACCGCCGCCCUUCCUUAUGCCAACGGGCCGGUGCAUAUUGGCCACCUGGCGGGCUGCUAUAUCCCCGCAGAUAUCUAUGUGCGCUACCAGCGGGCGCAAAAACGCGAUGUGAAAUUUGUAGGUGGCAGCGAUGAACAUGGGGUACCCAUUACCAUCCGCGCCAUGAAAGAAGGCGUUACACCCCAGCAGGUAGUGGAUAAAUACCAUGCGCUCAUCAAAGACAGCCUGCAGCAGAUGGGCAUUUCUUUUGACAUUUAUUCGCGCACUUCCAACAAAGUACACCACGAUACCGCAUCGGCCUUCUUUAAAAGACUGUACGAUGAUGGCCUGUUUGAGGAAAAGGAAUCAGAACAGUAUUACGACGAGCAGGCAAAAACGUUUUUGGCCGACCGUUAUAUUAUUGGCACCUGCCCGGUAUGCGCCAAUCCCAAUGCCUAUGGCGACCAGUGCGAAAAAUGCGGGUCUACCCUCAGUCCCGAAAUGCUGAUAAACCCGCACAGCGCCCUCAGCGACGCCGUGCCGGUGAAGAAAACAACCAAACACUGGUAUUUUCCAUUGCAGAACUACGAAGCCUGGCUGAAAGAAUGGAUUGUGGAAGGCCAUACAGAAUGGAAGAACAACGUUUAUGGUCAGUGCAAAAGCUGGCUCGACAAUGGCCUGCAGCCCCGCGCCAUGACGCGUGACAGCAACUGGGGCAUUAAAGUACCCCUGCCCGAUGCAGAAGGAAAGGUAUUGUAUGUUUGGUUUGAUGCGCCCAUUGGUUAUAUCUCUGCCACCAAAGAACUGACCGAACACUGGGCAGACUACUGGUGUAAGGAUGACACCAAACUGGUGCACUUUAUUGGUAAAGACAAUAUCGUUUUCCAUUGCAUUAUUUUCCCGGCCAUGCUGAAAGCCCAUGGCAAUUUUGUACUGCCGGACAAUGUACCUGCCAACGAAUUUCUGAAUAUAGAAGGCGACAAGGUAUCUACCAGCCGCAACUGGGCGGUUUGGGUGAAUGAUUACCUGCAGGAUUUUCCGGAGCAGCAGGAUGCCUUACGCUACGUGCUAUGCGCCAAUGCGCCGGAAACCAAGGACAAUGAUUUUACCUGGAAGGAAUUCCAGGACAGGAACAACAGCGAGCUGGUAAAUAUUUUCGGCAAUUUUAUUAACCGCACUUUUGUGCUGAUGCACAAACUCUGCAAUGGCAAAGUGCCACCGCUGCAUAAGAAUGCACUGGAUGAAAAAGAUGCUGCAAUACUGCAGGAUAUAAGCGCUGCCAAAACCAAUACAGAAAACCUGCUGGAGCAAUAUAAAUUCCGUGAUGCAUUGUUUGAAGUAAUAGACCUUGCCAGGAAGGGCAAUAAAUACAUGCAGGAAAAAGAACCCUGGAUUGUUGCCAAACGCCUUACAGAAAACCCCGGCGCACAGGAACUGAUCGACAACUGCCUGCACCUCUGCCUGCAGCUGACCGCCAACCUGGCCGUGCUGGUAAACCCAUUUUUGCCAGGCACAGCAAAGAAAAUGCUGCACAUGAUGAAAGUGGUAGAGAAAAUGCUGGACUGGGAAAACGCCGGCAAGACCAAUUUAUUAAGUGUGGGCUACAGCCUGCGCGAGCCGCAACUGCUGUUCAGGAAAAUAGAAGACGCUGAAAUAACCGCCCAGGUAGAAAAACUGCAUAAAAACAAAAUAAUGAGCGCUGUUGAAAAAGAAAAAGAAGGCACUGCGGCUGCCUGGUCAAGUGAUCAACCUGUUGUUAAAUCAACCAUUGAAUACGAUGAUUUUGCCAAACUGGAUUUGAAAGUAGGCACCAUACUGAGUGCAGAAAAAGUAGCCAAAGCCGAUAAACUCCUAAAACUGGAAGUAGAUCUUGGUUUUGAAAAAAGAACCAUUGUCUCCGGCAUUGCCCUGCAUUUUACGCCGGAAGAAAUUACUGGCAAACAGGUGGUAGUAGUAACCAACCUGGCCCCCCGUAAAAUGCGCGGCAUAGAAAGCAAUGGUAUGAUACUGAUGGCCGAAGACAAAGCAGGCAAACUGCAUUUUGUAAAGCCGGAAAAUAUGAUUGAUGCCGGCGCCGGCGUAAGUUAA